CUGGAACAGACGGGUCCCUGGCCUGAAGGUGGCGUUUGAAUAAUCCUCCAGAGCUCGAGCUGCCUGAGGAGAGGAGAGAAAAAAUUAAAUGGCUGGAAACUAUAUCUCCCUUGUCAUUGUUGUGGUUUCGUUUUGUUUUGACAGUGACUCAGCAAUUUAGCUGGUCGUUUGGAAGGGAGUGUCGCUUACUUGGUACACAGUGAGCGGGCAUGGUGGGGUGUUGAUGGGGCGGUAGGUGGGGCGGUGAUGUGAUCCACGCCUUUGUGUGGCUGGAACUCGGCCGGGCAGCGCAGGACGCGGAGCGGCCCCUCGGGAGGCUGUCCCAGGGCUGGGCCAGGGGGACGCUCACGUGGGACGUAGGGCCGUGAAGUAGGGGACAGUAAGUUGUCACACCUGCGCGCUCAGUCUUGGAAAGCUUGAAAGUUUGGGGAGUACAGACUAAUACAGCAAACGCCCCGAACCCGCCGCUCGGGCUGCCUCUCCCCGUCUCCUCGCCUGGACCCCAGGUCCUGACACGUGUCACGCCUUGCUCACUCUUAACCUCCUUGUCUCUCUCAGCCCCUGUCCUCACCCUCCUGGCGGAACCCCAAACCCGGUCUCCCCACCUGCCUGCCCGCACAACUCCAGCAUCUCCACGCUGCAUUCACGGAGAUGUCGGUCCCCGGGCGGCAGGGACUUGGCCUUGCUCUGUGUCCCCAGUGCCCAGGGCACCGCCCAGCUUACAGUAGUCACUCAGUGUGUUUGCUGAAUUGUAAAAACAAGCUGCUGCCCGCAGAUCUCACAGGGGCAUUGAUACUGUGACACAGCCCCGCGUUUCUCUGGUGCGGUCCCUCCUGUCUGUCCUGAGAACGCUUCUCCACUCGCCCCCGCAGCACCAGUGCUCUGAGCGGAUGAACCUUCUCUCCUACCUCCUAGAAAGAAGAGCUGCCAUCUGACGAGACCACUUGUCAAGCCCAGGUCCACUCCUGCCUCUCCUGUGCCGUGCACGCCGUGACCACCCCCCCACCCCCCGUGCAGCAUGCCGCUCACCCUCCGGGGACCCCGCUGGAUGAGGUGGCGCCCUGCGCCCUGAGGACUGGCGGGGGACUGCCACACCGGUGAGCUGGAUACAGUGCCCAGGGCCUGCUUCUCUCCCUCAGAGAGGGGUGACGGGAGCCCUGCUUCCUAGGCUGCUGGGAGGUUCGCCAGCUUCACGCAGGACCGCGCGCAGUCAGAACAGCACCUGGGCCCUGGCAGGCGCCCGGCCAACGUUGGUGAUGUCAUUCCUGUUGGCAGAUCCCGAGUGAUGGGUGCACGCUUAAGAUGCAGCCACUUUGGAGCCAGCAGGCAGUUCCGCGAGCAGCUGACAUCAUCUCAACUGUUGAAUUUAAUCACUCUGGAGAUCUUCUGGCAACGGGAGACAAGGGUGGCAGAGUUGUUAUUUUCCAGCGGGAACAAGAGAACAAAAGUCGCCCUCACUCUAGGGGAGAAUAUAAUGUUUACAGUACCUUUCAAAGUCAUGAACCAGAGUUUGACUAUUUGAAAAGUCUAGAAAUUGAGGAAAAAAUUAAUAAAAUUAGGUGGUUACCGCAACAGAAUGCUGCUCAUUUUCUACUCUCUACAAAUGAUAAAACUAUUAAAUUAUGGAAAAUAAGCGAACGGGACAAAAGAGCAGAAGGUUAUAACUUAAAAGAUGAAGAUGGACGGCUUCGAGACCCAUUUCGAAUUACAGCACUGCGGGUUCCAAUAUUGAAGCCCAUGGAUCUUAUGGUAGAAGCAAGUCCACGACGAAUUUUUGCAAAUGCUCACACAUAUCAUAUAAAUUCCAUUUCAGUAAAUAGUGAUCAUGAAACAUAUCUUUCUGCAGAUGACCUGAGAAUUAAUCUAUGGCAUUUAGAAAUCACAGAUAGAAGUUUUAACAUCGUGGACAUCAAGCCUGCGAACAUGGAGGAGCUGACGGAGGUGAUCACCGCGGCCGAGUUCCACCCGCACCAGUGCAACGUGUUUGUGUACAGCAGCAGCAAAGGGACCAUCCGACUGUGUGACAUGCGCUCCUCAGCCCUGUGUGACAGACACUCCAAGUUUUUUGAGGAACCUGAAGAUCCCAGCAGUAGGUCCUUCUUCUCAGAGAUAAUCUCCUCCAUCUCUGAUGUAAAAUUCAGUCACAGCGGUCGGUACAUGAUGACCCGAGACUACCUGUCAGUGAAGGUGUGGGACCUCAACAUGGAGAGCCGGCCCGUGGAGACCCACCAGGUCCACGAGUACCUGCGAAGCAAGCUUUGUUCUCUGUACGAAAACGACUGCAUCUUUGACAAGUUCGAGUGCUGCUGGAGCGGUUCGGACAGUGCGAUCAUGACCGGGUCCUACAACAACUUCUUCAGGAUGUUUGAUCGGAAUGCACGGCGGGACGUCACGCUGGAAGCUUCCCGGGAGAACAGCAAGCCUCGGGCCAGCUUGAAGCCUCGGAAGGUGUGCACCGGCGGCAAGAGGAAGAAGGACGAGAUUAGUGUGGACAGUCUGGACUUCAACAAGAAGAUUCUGCACACGGCCUGGCACCCGGCCGAGAACAUUAUCGCCGUGGCCGCCACCAACAACCUGUACAUCUUCCAGGACAAAGUCAACUAAGGAAGCCCGCACAUGCGGGGACUGAGCCCGGCCGCCUUCUCGGACGAGGGGCACUGUCCUCCUCCCCGUGAGGAGCAGCAAGCGCGGCCUGUCCCCUCCCAGACGGGAGGGGCCGGUCUUCCGCCUGCAGUGAGGGGGCCCGGGCCGCCGCUUCGGGGACACCCGCUCGGCGCCGAGUUGGCGGACCGUGCGCAGUAAAGGCCAUUAUCAAAAUAAAUGUAUUUAUUUCAGUCUGAGCCUUCCUUUCCAGUUUGUAGACCAAAAAGUUAACACCCAAGAGAAAAGUUGUCUGAUGGAACGUCUGUCUUUCUGCAACUCUUACCCCCCCACCCCCCAUCACACUCGGGCCUUCACACGCGUGUGCCGCUGUGUCCCCCCGCCCUCUGCCUUCCUCCGAGCCCAGGCGGCCCCCGUUGAGGGCGUGGGCUCCCCGGGCAGGCUCAGGCAGCUUUACUCCCCCCACACACCUGUAUCUACCGUCACACCUUCUGGUGCGACCACUGAAUAAAAGCAACACACUAUAAAAAGUGUUUUUAAAUCCAAGACAAGUAUUGGCUUUUUAUUUGCUUUCCUUGCACAUGAUGAAAUUCUGCAAAAUCAUGCUUCGGAACAGUGAAAAACGUGUGUCCUCUGAACCCGUCCGUCCCAAACUCGGUUACUCUGCUUCGUUCCCGCGGAAAUAGUGCAGGGAACGCGCCAGGUAAGGUCUGCGGACCUCAACUCGGUCCGCCCGUCAGAAGGAGCCCUGCGACAGCAGGAUGGCUGCUAUAAAACAGCUGGGUUCCGGUACGCCUCCGGUUCACAGCAUGAACGCUUGACGUGCUUGCUUUUAAAACCGUUUUAGAGUACUUGUGGGAGGGAUAUUCUUUUUAAAAAUUGCUGAAAUUACAUGCAUGCUGAAUUUCAUAUUGCUGAAAACGCGGCAGAGGGAACCGCGACUGCGUGCGGCCACCCCGCCUUGGUGGUGUAUUUGCAAAGUAGGCCCUUUGAUACCAGAAAUCAGCAUUUCCCAAGAUGAAACAGACGCGUGACGGUGCUAAGUGACUGGCCCUUCCUGGCAGUUCACACACGGGCCCAAAUCCCAGUGUCCUCCAGGGGCGGGAGCACCGGUGCACACGCACUGCUCUUGAAAUUUUAAGGCGUAUUUUGCUUACUUACGAUACGGAUCUGUAAGAACAAGUGUCUCGAAUUAAUGUUAACGGAAUGCCACUUUAAUUCACAUUCAGUUAGAAACGGAGAAUUUAAAAAUACAAUUAAUUAAAAAAUUCCUACUGCGUAUCCAUGGUGGCACAAUUGACAGAUCUGAGGUGUGGCGCGGAGUUCUCGGUCCCCCCCUUGUCCUUCAGAAAAAAGUUCUAAUGGGAUUGUAUAUAUGUGUUCCACUAUUUUCAUCACAAGGUGUAAUAAAUUUUAAAUGUUUACCUGGA